GGGUGGAUCAGCAGAGUCUCACUCACCAGGUCGUGGCACUUAGCGAAUCAGGCGCUUCGGGAGACGGCAUGGCACUUGUGCCACUUGCAAUUCUUUCCGAGCCCCCAGUUGAGGCUGCAAUGAAAUGAUUGAAACCCGGGGAAGAUGGAGAAGAUCUGGGGGAGCCCCUCGAUUUUUGAGCAGAUCUGAAAUUGAAUUGAAGCUUGAGUCCGGGGCGACGACCAGUGACGUGUGUGGGGAUGCGAGUUGGUCAGCAGCACAUCCGACGACACCUCUCCACUCACGACACACACAUAGCACACACACACACACACGCACCACAGACACACAGAGAGUCAGGGACCCCUUUUUUACCAGUUCAGACUCUGCCAGUUUCUGGGCACUUCAGGCCAGUCUCAAAAGGCCAGCCAGACGCCGAUGGCCGAGCCACUCCGACGGUUCCCCAGCGCUCUCUCUUUUUCGCUCUCGGUACCCAACUGCCAACAAAGUUGGCGCAGAUACUUGAAGACUCUUGUUGGCUCUUCUGGGCUCUUGGAUUCAAUUGUUCCCGGGCCUCUGGUUCUACAGCAAAGUCGAACGAGUUUUCCAAUAGUUUUCCUUUCAUUCAUCCGCCCUUUUCUCCCACACUACCGGCGCCAACUCUAUCUUUGUUUCUCACCCUCACUACGCCGUACUCACGCACCCGAAAGCUGAACCUGGACUUUUCUUCCCCGCCCUCCCUUGCUGCAGCAGCCAUGGACUUCUUCCCGAUGGCUUGGGUCUGCACGCAACCAACGAUUCAACGGCCGCUCAGCUGACCAUUUCGACACCACCAACAUGGGCGACGCUCAAACUUCCCCCGCACGCUAGAGUUGGCCCAGACAAACUCAAUGGCAGCAAAGGGUUCCCAUCUCCGUCCCAACGUGACGGCCUGGCAGAUGUCGAACGCACCCUGUCAUGACACAGAGAAACACGCCAACCCCCCUUGGGCGGCACCCCGACGACAGAAAUGUCACGUCGCUUUACCUUAUCUCGCCCAAGUCCCAAAUUACCCCAGCAUCUGCCAUCAAAAAGAUGAACGGGUACCCCUCGCCGACGAGAACCAAUCUGCCCAAUGGCUAGCUCCCUUUUCUGCUCUUCCAUGUCUCCAAGAAGCCAAAGAGUCCAAAGGCCCCCUUGCGAAUUGCGACGGCUUCGGUAACUUUGACCAGUCCCCUGGUCUUCUCGGCACAGGAUUCUCCUCAUCCUUCCAGUAGCUGACGACUGGUCUAUCGGAAGAUUGCCCUUGUUUAUUUGACCGCAAAAAAAGAGGACGCGCGAUACCGAACGGAACAAAUCAAAUCAAACAACCAGACGAGUUCAAUGUCCCGGCCCCAGUCUUUCGCACUUCGUCAAAAAAUUCGAGCCCUUUCUUUUGUGGGUUUUCCCAUCGAAGCCGUAGGCCCGUAGCCAUCGUCCCACACAAUCCAGGACCGUUCGUUCCCGUCGCGCGCGAAUAUUUUGUUGUUAUAUAACCUCCGGCGAUUCCCCCCAAUCUCCACCUCUUGACGAUCUCUCCUCUUCAGCAAGCAGCAUCUCCCAGCGCGGCCGCUUUCUCGAAGCUCUUUUUCUCACCACAUCCGCUCUCAACGCCAGCCUUGGCAACGCUCAACGAUCCGCUCGUUGUGCGCGCAAUCUCCCCUUUGCAGCACGCGAUAGUGUGUGCAUCGUCGUAAAACCUCGAGAGAAUUCGGUUUCUCUUUGAGAACAGUUAUCAACAACAACAAACUCCACCACGCCACGCAACGCAACCCUCCCUUCAAAACCCAUCCACGAUGGAGUCCAAAUCGGCGCACGAUGAUGUGGUCGCCGCCCCAGACCGCGUCUCGGCCGAAAUCGGCGAUCACCACUCGGCCAAGCUCGCCAGCAACUUUGUCCAGAAUGCCAAAGCGGCCACGGAUAAGGAGCACAAGAUGACUCUGAUGCAGGGCAUUAAGCUCUACCCCAAGGCCAUUGCCUGGAGUGUGCUCAUCUCGACCUGCAUUGCUAUGGAGGGCUACGACAUCAGUCUCGUCAGCAACUUUUACGCAUUCCCGCAAUUCAACCAAAAGUACGGCGUCCUCACCGCCGACGGAUCCUACCAGGUGCCCGCGCCGUGGCAGGCCGGCCUCAGCAACGGUGCCACCGUCGGCGAGAUCAUCGGCCUCUUCAUUAACGGAUGGGUCUCGGAACGCUUCGGCUACAGGUGGACCGUCAUCACAUGCCUUUUGCUUGUCGCCGCCUUCACCACAAUCUUCUUCACCGCGCAAAACGUGCAGACUCUGCUCGCUGCCGAGAUCCUCUGCGGUAUCCCAUGGGGUGUCUUCCAGACGCUGUGCAUCACCUAUGCCUCCGAGGUCUGCCCCGUCGCCCUGCGCGGCUACCUGACGACCUAUGUCAACUUUUGCUGGGGUAUGGGCCAGGAGAUUGGUAUCGGCGUCAUCGUCUCCAUGCUCGACCGCCAGGACGAGUGGGCAUACCGCAUUCCCUACGCUCUGCAGUGGAUGUGGCCGGUGCCUUUGGCCAUUGGUAUCUACUUUGCGCCAGAGUCGCCCUGGUGGCUGGUGCGCAAGGGCAAGAUUGACGAGGCCAAGAAGUCGCUGCUGCGCCUGACGAGCAGGGACAAGGAGACGGACUUUGACGCCGACGAGACGGUCGCCAUGAUGGUGCACACCAACUCGAUUGAGGAGAAGAUCACUGAAGGCGCAUCCUACCUGGACUGCUUCAAGGGCGUCGACCUGCGCCGCACCGAGAUUGUGUGCAUGGUUUGGGCCAUUCAGAACCUCAGCGGCAACUCGUUCUCCAACUACUCUACAUACUUCCUCAAGCAGGCCGGUCUCUCCACCAGAAACUCGUACAACUUUGCGCUCGGUCAGUACGCCAUCAACAUGGUCGGUGUCUUUGGCGCGUGGUUCCUCAUGUCGUGGGGCAUCGGCCGUCGCACGCUGUAUCUCUACGGUCUCUGCGGUCUCUGCAGCAUGCUCAUGAUCCUCGGCUUCCUGGGCCUCGUGCCGGCCGAACACCGCGACCAGGGCGCGCUCGCGACGGGCUCCAUCAUGAUGGUCUGGGCUCUCUUCUACCAGCUCACCGUCGGCACCGUGUGCUACUCGCUCGUCAGUGAAUUGCCGUCGCGUCGUCUGCAGAUCAAGACUGUCGUGCUUGGCCGCAACCUCUACAACAUUGUCGGAAUCAUCAACAACGUCCUCACCCCCUACAUGCUCAACCCCAGCGCGUGGAACUGGCAAAACUACACGGGCUUCUUCUGGGGCGGCAUCUGCUUCCUCUGCUGUGUGUACACCUACUUCCGCGUCCCCGAGCCCCGCGGCCGCACCUACGCCGAGCUGGACAAGCUGUUUGAGCACAAGGUUGCCGCGCGCAAGUUCGAGGGUACCACCGUCGACGUGUUUGAGGAGGGCGCCGUCGACGAGAAGGCGAUGAAUAACUAUCACCAGCAGAUUCGCGUCUCGCACUCUGAGAAGGAUGUGCAGGUGUAGAGUGCUGAUGGUGGAGGGUGUUGCUAUUGUCUCUGGCUGGCGUUGUGCGCUGUGUGCUGCACCGAGUGCCGAGCGGGAAGAGAGACCUUGGCUAUGGAAAUGAUGGACGAAAGCACGUAAUGCUGUAAUGCAUGUAUUUAAUUCCGACGAAGCAUAUGAAUCUAUAACGAAAUUGUUAAUCCGCUG